GAUUUAUAAGCAGUCAGUUAUAAUAAAACUAGGAAAAAAUGUUCCUCGUAAUCGUAUACCUGUACCACAAUUUGUGAUAUUUGGUCAAAGUUCCAUCGAAAUUAUCGAUACUGCACUGUGGCUUGAUAAAAUGAAUUAUGAUAAUAGCGGAAAAUAUAUUAUUAUAUGCACUGCAAGUGAUUAUGCUAAUUGUAAUGAAAAUCAAAUAUUUUCGACUCUGGCGAAGAUUAGAAUUAUAAACGUCAUAUAUAUGAGAGGAGAAAGUUCGGAAGAUUUUGUAUCGUUUUCCUAUGAUAUUGUUCAUCCAGGGAAAUGUAUAAGCAGUGAACCUUAUAAUGUAGAUGUCUCUGGCAAUUGUCCUGAUGAUGAAUGUUACAAAACAGUAUUUCCAGAUAAAUUAAAAAAUUUCAACAAAUGUUCACUCAUUAUAUCAACAUUCGAACAACCACCGUUUAUGUAUUUGAGCAACGAUACCCUAGAACCUUCCGGAGGCGACGGAAAUAUUUUAAGACUCGUGGCUAAUGCUUUAAAUGCUACGUUAGAAAUUAAGAUGCCUCAAGGAGGAAAUGAUUGGGGUCAAUAUGAUAAUGGUAAUUGGACUGGUUCUUUAGGUGACGUUUUUAACGACCGCGUUGACGCAUCGAUGUGUUCGCUUCCUGUAACCGCUGAUAAGUACGGAAAUUUUCAAAUUUCCUUCGUAUAUAACUCAAUGGAUAUUGUUUGGACUGCAAAACUGCCUAUGCAAAAACCAGCUUGGCAGAAACUUUUGAAUCCAUUGCAAACCGAUUUAAGAAUCGUAUUAUUUUUUACAUUUGUUAGUAUAGUUUUUAUUAACUCGUUAAUGAAAUUGAGUAAAUGGCAAAGACUUCGAAAGAUUCUCAAGAUUGGACCUACAAGGUUUAGCCUAUUGUUCUAUUCCUGGGCAUUGUUUGUAGGAAUACCAAUAUUAAGAAAUCCGUCGAAUCGACAGUUCCUGUUAGUUAUGUACAGCUGGAUAUGGUUUAGCUUUGUCAUUAGAAAUGCUUACCAAGCAGCUCUAAUAGGUUCCCUGAAAAAACACGAUUACGAAGAAUAUUUCACAAGUUUCGAAGACGUAUUAAAAGGUAAAUAUCCUUACGGUGGUCUAGAAAAUUUAAGAGAUUAUUAUGCUGAUGAUAAUUAUAUUUAUGAUAACUGGGAAACUAUGGAAUUCGACCAAGUUUAUGAGGUUCUUGAUAAAAUUUCAGAAGGAAAAUCAGAUAUCGUAUUAGCGUUCAAUAAAGAAAUAAUUGUUGAACAUUUAAUUGAUCAUAAUGGUAUUAGACAUUUGCAAAUUUUACCUGAGAAAAUUGUUAAUAGUCCAACAGUCAUGUUCUUUAAGAAAAAUUCUGUGUUGACCCAACCGGUCAGUCGUAUUCUAAGUAUUUUAGUGGAAGCUGGGUUUUGUCAACUAAUGCACGCGAGGUAUUUGAGGCAUAAAAAACUUUUAUUUCAAUUAGCAACCAGUCAUGAGAAUGUGCCUCUUACUUUAGAAAAUUUUAACGCUUGUAUGGUUUUAUUGAUUUUUGGUUGGUUUUUGUCUAUUAUAUUUUUUGUGGCUGAAGCAUAUUGUGGCCGACUUCAAGACGAUGAGAAACAAUCAGAUUUAAAAGAUUAG